AAACAACAAGGAAGUGGUCGACUAGCCAGUAGACUGCUGUCAAGAUGGCACCGAGUGGGCUGAAGGCGGUAGUAGGGGAAAAAAUCCUCAAUGGGGUUAUCAAGAGUGUGAGGAAGGAUGGAGAGUGGAAGGUACUUAUUGUGGAUCACAUGAGCAUGCGAAUUCUGUCCUCUUGUUGCAAGAUGUCUGAUAUUUUGGCAGAGGGGGUGACCAUUGUGGAAGACAUCAAUAAACGAAGGGAGCCCAUCUCUAGUCUGGAGGCCAUUUAUUUGAUUUCACCUGUGGAGAAGUCUGUUCGCGCUCUCAUCAAUGACUUCAAAGAUGCUGUCUUCACUUACAAAGCCGCACACAUCUUCUUCACUGACACUUGUCCAGAUGGUCUCUUUGCAGAGAUUGGAAGAUCUAGACUUGCAAAGGUUGUCAAGACAUUGAAAGAGAUCAACGUUGCUUUCCUGCCAUAUGAGUCUCAGGUAUUCUCCUUGGAUGAUCCAACCUCCUUGUACUCAUUCUAUAGUUCAAAGCCAAAUGAAGGAAGAGACAAAAUGAUGGAAAAUCUGGCGGAGCAGAUUGCAACUCUGUGUGAUACCCUUAAGGAGUACCCUGCAAUCAGAUACCGCAAGGGACCAGAGGAGAAUGCAAGACUGGCUGAGGAGGUCUACCAGCGCCUCACCGCUCAUAAAGCAGACAACCCAAGCAUGGGAGAGGGUGCAGACAAGGCACGAUCCCAGUUGCUGAUAGUUGACCGUGGGUUUGACCCCAUCUCACCAAUUUUACACGAGUUGACCUUGCAGGCAAUGGCCUACGACUUGUUGGAUAUCAAACAGGACAUCUACACUUACCAGACAACAGGCAUUGGGAAUUCAAAAGAUAGAGAAGUGUUAUUGGAUGAAGAUGAUGAGCUCUGGCUUCAGCUCAGACAUAUGCACAUUGCAGAUGUCACUAAGAAAGUGACAGAGCUACUUCGCACCUUUUGUGAGAGCAAGCGGAUGUGCACCGACAAUGCCAACCUAAAAGAUCUCUCUCAGAUGUUGAAGAAGAUGCCACAGUAUCAGAAGGAGCUGAGCAUGUACUCCACUCACUUGCACUUAGCCGAAGCUUGUAUGAAGACGUUCAAGGCCUCGCUUGAUAAGCUUUGUGAAGUUGAACAGGAUCUGGCGAUGGGAGCAAAUGCAGAAGGGGAACCUCUUAAGGAUGCAAUGAAGAGCAUUGUUCCUGUGCUGCUCAACAAUGAAAUUAAGGGUUAUGACAAAAUCCGCAUCAUACUGCUGUACAUUUUCCUCAAGAAAAAAGGUAUCGGGGAGGAGAACCUUGCCAAGCUCAUUCAGCAUGCAAACAUACAAGCGGACAGCAACAUCAUCAACAACCUGCAGAACCUGGGUUGUAACAUAAUAGCUGGGGGCCGCAAUGCUGGAAAACCCAUGCCAGAGCGGAAGGAGCGCACAGAGAGCACAUACCAGCUCUCUAGAUGGACCCCCACCAUCAAAGAUAUAAUGGAGAAUGCCAUCGAGGACAAACUGGACAGAAAGCAGUGGCCAUUUAUCUCUGAUCCUGCUCCCAUCAACACCACUCAGACUGCCGUAAGUAGUGCACGGUUUGGACACUGGCACAAAAAUAAAUCCCCAACAGAGUAUCGCUCCGGCCCUCGGCUUAUUAUAUUUGUGAUCGGUGGAGUGUCACACUCAGAGAUGCGCUCAGCUUAUGAAGUCACCCGGGCCACUGACGGGAAAUGGGAAGUGUUGAUUGGAUCAUCUCACAUCUUGACUCCCACCAGCUUCCUGAAUGACCUGAAGAGUCUGGACCAAGUUCCAAAUCCUGAUUGUUAGUUAGACCCCGAGUAGGGGCUAGCAAAGCGGAAUAAGGGUCUUUCAUUUGAGAUGAUUUGUUGCUGAGCUUCUGUCGUAGCAUCACUGUCCUCUGAAGUGAAACAUGAAGAGAAAUAUUUUGUUUAUAUUUGAUGUGGCCAGGCAAGGAAACAUUUGUGAUUCUUGUUGUGUUUAUUCGGUUUUAGAUGUUCCCGAUAUUGUUUUCCAUUUGCCGUUGUGAUUUAAAUUGUAUUAAAAUAUUUAAUAAGGAGAUGUUAAUAUUUUAUUAAGAAGUUAUAACAGGAUAUAUUUGAUUUCUGUAAUUAUCAUAUGUAAACUGGAUCAUUACCAGCCAAAUAUCUUAUUAUAGUCUAAUUUGUAUGUAAAAAAAAAAAGGUCAGUAGAAGUUUAUAUUGAAUGUUCAUUGACAUGAGUUUUUUUUCCCUCUAGCUACUUUUUCUUUUUAAUUUUUUGGGAGAUUUAAUCUCAGACUAAAGUCUCACCUGCUGUCUUACGAAAUCUUGCACAUUUAGAAUCUACGUUAAUAUAUUGCUUUGAACAAGUGUGACGGGUGUUUAAGUAUGACUAAUAAAGGAAACAUUAUAUUCAC